AUGGAUCGUUCGUUCGCGUUGGUCAAGAUCUACGGCAUGGAUCGGGAAGAAAGGUCGCUCGUUUCUUGGUCAAUAUCCUCGCGUCAAGGCGAGGCUCGUUUCGUUGUAUUGGAUCGUUUUCGCUCGGCCCCGACGGCUCAACAGCCAGCACUCGAGACUCAGCCAAGGGAGGACAUCAGGCGCUGUCGGGGUGACGAGUAG